AUGGCAACCUAUAAUGAUUCUCUCACAACGGCAUUGGACGAAACAGAAAGCUACAGUAGAGUAGUACGCCGCAAAUCCAAUAGCAAUGAAACGAAUUCCAACGAACCAACUCGGAGAUUGGUCACGGACAUCUAUCUCUGCUGCCACAUCGAAGAGCGCCCACUAGAUCCCAACCAAGAUUACGCGGAUCGCAAUACAUUCAUGUUGAAAAGCGCGCUUUGUCGGCGUGAGGAAUGUGAGCAUUGCACCACGGUCAGGAAAGAAUUAGGCGAAGCCAGAAGUAGAUAUGGCCGAUUAUAUUGGCAAGUUCUUGUCAAGGCGCUCUGGGAUGAACGAAUUUCGUAUGCAUGCGACGGUGAACUCCUUGAUGGCAUGAAUCCUCCUGCAAACCCGUUCUGGUGGUUUGGAGCUUUCAUUGAUGAUCAAGUGGCGUUGAGAAAGCAUCAUAGGAACUAG